CCUGCAAGUUGACUACGACAAACAGUAGAAAAGCAGCGCAAGGCAGCCGCCGCCAACAAGUAUGGAGCAUGAGAAACCCUUGGCUCUCCCAUCAGAUACAAGUAACGUUCCAGAAAACCACCAAACAACCCAUAUAUGCUCAGAGUGUGGGAAAACCUUUGCUUGUUGGUCCCUCCUUUUGACCCACAGGAAGAUCCACUUUCAAAGUGGAUCCAGUCAAGGUUUGGAGGCCGGACUAAAACCUUAUAAAUGCGAGGAAUGUGACUUAUGUUUUGAACGAAAACUAGAACUUCUUAAACAUCAGAAAAUCCACACUGGAGAGAAACCUUAUCAAUGUCUGGAAUGUGGGAAAGUUUUCCGUGCAAAAUCUACUCUGACAGAGCACAAGAGAAUCCACACAGGGGAGAAACCUUACAAGUGUUGGGAAUGUGGGAAGAGCUUUUCUCAGAACUCAACUCUUUGGCAACAUAACAAGAUUCAUUCAGGAAUAAAAUCUUACAAAUGCUUGGAAUGUGGGAAGUGUUUCACCCUGAGAACAUAUCUUCAGAGUCAUGCAAAAACGCACAGAGGGGAGAAAAAGAAAAAAACUUACAAAUGCUUUGUGUGUGGAAAUUGUUUCACCCAGAGUUCAGCUCUUCAGAGUCAUUGGAAAACACACAGAGGGGAGAAAAAUGUAAAGUGCCUCGAAUGUGGGGGAUAUUUUUCCAGUAAAUCAACCCUGGUGCGACAUCAGAAAAUUCACACUGGAGACAGACCCUUUGAAUGCCCAGAAUGUGGGAGAAGAUUUAUGUAUUCUUUUGAACUUCGGAGACAUCAGAAAGGUCACAAAGGGGAGGAACCCUAUAAAUGUGGGAAUUGUGGGAAAGGUUUUCUUACACGAAAAGACAUGCGGAAUCAUGAGAGAAUCCACACAGGGGAAAAGCCGUACAACUGUUUGGAGUGUGGGAAAUGCUUUUCCCGAAAACACACCCUUGGAAUGCAUGAGAGGGUCCAUUCAGGCAUUAAGCCAUACAAUUGCAUAGAAUGUGGGAAAUCUUUUGCUUAUAAGGAAGUACUCUGGAGACAUCAGCAAAUUCACUCCCGGGAAAAGCCAUAUCAAUGUAUCGAGUGUGGACAAUUUUUUCGUACCACAUCAAACCUUAGAAAUCAUAUAAAAAUUCACACCGGGGAAAAAAGUUAUAAAUGUUUAGAGUGUGGGAAAGCAUUUGCGCGACCAUCUUACCUUACUAGUCACAGCCGAAUCCAUUCAGGAGAGAAGCCCUUUAAAUGCUCAGAGUGUGAUAAAUGUUUUUCUCAGAAAGAUACUCUUUCGAAGCAUCAGCGAAUGCACACUGCAGAAAAAACAUAAAUGAUCAGAUUGUGGGAAAUGUUUUGCCCAACCUUCAUCCCUUCGCAUGCACAAUCGAUAUCACACUGGAGAGUAGUCUCACAACUGUUUGUUGCAAAUCACAACUAAAAUGCAUCAGAAAGUCCAUAGCAGAGAUAAAUCUCUUCAGCUGUGAACAAUGCAGGGCCAUACUUUCUUUUGUUUAGAGGUCACCUUGCCAGGUACUUCACAUUGUGACAGAAGGGACCUGGGUUACCAGUUCUGAAGUGGGAUAGGAAAUCCUUUAGGGUUGUCAAGUAAAACUUUUAAGGUUUCAGUGAAGUUUUGUUUCCAUGUGAACUGUAUGAAAGUCCAUAAUCUUCUGGCCUGGGAUUUUUAAAAAAAUGUUUUUAGCCUAUUGUCCAGCCUUAAUAAAAGAAAUUACACUAUC